GUUAUUUUUGUUUUUUUUCCUUUAACAUUUACAACAAUGACUUUCAGAGAUGUGUUGCUCCAGCGAUUGACAUUUCGUCGUCAAAAAGAAAGCAAGUUCCAUGAAAUCAUAGUCGCAAAUAAUCGACUUUUACAACAAAACAUGGACCUUGAGAAACGAACCAAACAUUUAGGAAAGGAGAACACUGACGAUGUUGGAACUUCACAGCGAGUGCAGGAAUUGGAUCGUCGUAUACGAGAACUUAAUGACGAACGAGGAGAAAUGUACAAGACUCAAAGUGAAAAUGCGCAGCGUUUAGUCAACUUGAACGAGCAGUUAAGAACACGAGAGGAAAAAGACAAGAAACAAACCGAGCAGUAAUAUGAUGUAACCCGACCCUUUUUUUAUUCAUAUCAUAUCUGACUCUCUCUUUUUUUUUUACACCACACAGAAUUGAAAAUCUAUCCGCUAGCGUAAAAAGUCUUUCUGCCAGAUGUGAUUUACAAGUACACCAAUUACGUGAAAAAGAUGUUACAAUUCAGAUCCUUCAAGAUGAAUUAGCUGCUUUACAACUCGAGAUUCAUACCACAGAAGAAAAGAGUAAGAGACUUGUGCUUGAAAAUCAACAAUU